AUGGCUCCGCUGACACCGAGGACUCCCCCGCAGGCGUUCAACCUCGUCCUCGACUUUGCGACCUCCAGCGUCGUCGUGUUCAGCACCGCUUCGUGCAGCAAUAACAACUGUAACGGACUCAAUGUGUACGAUCCGUCCAAGAGCUCGACGUGGCGCGCGGGGAAGGACGUGAUACCCUUCAAGUCGGGGUCGCUGAGUACCGGCUCGGACAUUGUCGUCGUCGGGGGCCAGGGGGCCAACUUUGACUUUGAGCAGUUCCCGGCCAUCAACAUCGCACAGGGCGUGAUCGAAACGUCGUUGAACGCGUCCGGCGUCGUGGGCCUCGGAGCCGCCACUGCGCCCCCGGGUAACUUUAGCCUGCCAUUGCUGUAUUACCUGUCCAAGGGGUGGACGGACAAGUCGUUUGGGCUGUACAUGGCGCGGACGCGCAAGACGGUCAACGACACGUUGUUGUCUGCGGCCAAGGGGCCAGGAGGUUCUCUGACGCUAGGUGUCAUCGCCUCCAAGAUCAACUACGUCCCCCUCCUCAACCUCAACAGCCCAGCGCCAGUAUGGGCAGUCCCCCUCGAUGGCCUCCUCGUACAGGGCAAGGCCCUCCGCUCGGUCGAGGGCGAAGCUAGCCCCCUCGCGGUGCCGAACGCGGGCUCGCUUUUCAUCCUAGCGCCCCCAAGCUGGGUGGACGAGUUCUAUUCACACAUCGAGCACAGCUUCAAGAUCAGCUACCCUUCCGGAUCGUACUCGUGGGUGUUUCCUGCCUUGGCGAUCAACAUCAGCAACGCCAACGCGCCGGCCAACAACCCCGCGUCGACCCUGUUCCAGCUCGUGCUCGGCGGCCAGAGCUACCCCAUGGCCGACGCCGACUUUGUCUACCAGACCCUAAGCGCGUGGGACCUCGUGAACCGCUUCAAGGCGCAGCGCUCGCAGGCGGCUCCUAGCCCCCUGUGGGUGUUCGGCACGCUGCAGCCCAUCCCGGACAACGUGCAGCCCGCUGCGGGGCACACACCGGCCAUAUACCUCGGAUCGUCGUUCCUCAAGAACGUGUACUCGUCGUACCGGUUCACUGGGCCAGACGGCCCUGCAGCCGUUGGGUUCGCGCGCCUCAAGCCUGAGGCCGGCGCGCCGGUCGCGCCUGUCACGUACUCGUAUACUCGGCCCGCUGGUACGGGCACUUCAUCCGCCAAGCCAACGGCGUCGAGCACCAAGGGAGGCGACGCAAGAGCCAACAGGGUGGCGGCGCGUUUUGUUCUCUGUGCUGCCGCCGUGGCGGCGUUGCUCUGA